UUGGUGUGUUUACAAACAUCUAACAUGUGUCUAAGAAUGUAGCGGUGCAUAUAAAAUUAAUAUGAUUGUGUCGAAAUAUUUCUAAAAAAAUAUUCAACUGGAAGAAAAUAUUCAAUAUGAAAAUUCAAAUUGAACCAAAUUCAGUUAUUCAUAUGUCCGGCAGUUAUAAAGAGGACUGUGAUGGAACCAUUACCAUUACAAAUCACGAAGAUUAUGAUGUGAAAUUUAAAGUGAGAACAACUAUGCCACAUAUUGUUACUAUUAUGCCAAAUUCUGAAGUUUUAUCUGGAAAUAGUUCAAGGAAAAUCGAUAUUCAUUACCAAGGACAGAGAACUGAUCAGUAUCUAAAAUUUAUGGUCCUUUAUCUUUCACUUGAAGACAUUAAGGACAGUGAUAACGUGUUUGAAAAAUAUAAGGAUGACGUAGAUCAAAAACCUCUUUCAGCAGCUUUUGUUAUAAAAUAUAAUUUGGACGAGGAGUUCCUUUCACCUAUGGCUCGUAGCCACCAAUCUACAGAUGCAGACGAUAAAGAUUUUGGUGGCAAUAUUCGAAAGAAAGUCCCGUGGCUAAAGAAGAAAUAAACGAAACACCUACGAACAAUGCUGAGAUUAUCGUUUUUCGUCCGUUGAUUAGUAUAUCUAAAUGACAAGGGUGCGAAACUUGAAAUGUGACAAUAUAUAAAUGAAUAGUGCAAUUUUUAUUGCAUCGCUAUGACCGCGAGGGCAUUCCAAUAUAUUGUUGCCACAUAGAUUUGACUUUCGUUUUUGACUGGUAACGAUCGUACAAAUACGCGGACAGAAUCGAGUGCAAAUUAACUUUCCUUGUCGCUUUUUAUAAAUUAAUUUCUUCAAUAAAUACUCAUAAAAAUA